AUGACCCUCGUUUCACAAAUAGAGCUUUCCGAGAUCGAGGACCUGCCGAUGAAGCUCCUUCAGGAGGAGGCUAGCCGUACCUUCCGUCUUCAAGCUUCGGCUUCAAUGGACAUGUGGCUGUGCGUCAAGCGAGCCAUCAAUGCUGCCGAAAAGGUGAAGAAGGCUUAUGAAGACCGCAGGGCUAGGGUUGCCGAGGUUGGCAAGGCUAUCCAAGCCCAGGCGAACUUGGCGAAGGACAUGCAGGCUGGCGAACGGCAGGUCAAGGUUUAUCAAACCAAGUUUGGGGAAAUGUUGGCAGCCCUGGAGUCGGCGCAGCUAACGGCAAAGGUGGCUCUAGAGGCGAAGGAGGCGAUCCAGGUGGCCUUUGAGGAGGUGGGCUCGGAAAUGGCGGAUCUGCUCUACCGUUUCAAAUUGAAGGCAUAA